AUGGCCAAACCACCCAACUCUACCCCUCUACUAGGCCUCCAAUCAACGGAAAAACAAGGCUAUUCAUUUCUGUACUCCGGUAAUAGCGACUUGCCUAAGGGUACCUUCGUCGUCACUGGGCUCUCAAAAUUAUCGGACUUUGCCAGUUUUUUGGACGACUCCAGUGAGUGCCAGGAGAGUCAGUCAGUCCGACACGUGUUGCUCUCCGACGUCAGUUUCGAAGAUUUAGAAGAUAACUUCGGAUUCCUUAAACUCCCUAAAAAGAUACUGGAACACACCGUAACCGAAAACAACGAUACGUCUACGUUACCCACGACCGGCACUUUGGAAUCAGCUUGCUUCCCCGGAAAACCGGGCGAUAUCGACACCACAGACGAAGAAGAAGAUAUCCUCAGUUACAAUAGGAAACUUCGUAGGAGGUUAGCUCGCGCUGUUAGGGAUCUUCCGAACGUUGUCGAGAGGAUUUUCGGCCGCAUUGCACCUACAGUCGAGACACUGUCCCUCUUGUUGUACAUUUCACCGAGCUUUGAAUCAGAGAUACACGGCUAUCACUCUGAUUGGCCUAUGUCGCAACGGAACGGCUACAUGGAGGCGGUAGAUUCGUUCUUUUGGAAGAAGGAUACUCUGGGGGAGAGGGUUCAGAAGUAUCAGUUCCCAAACCUAAACGCACUCACUCUGCGAAAUGCCCUCAGGCUGGGGGAUGCUAGAGUUUCUGUGACGAGCCGUUCGAGCGACUACGAAGUUCCCUUCCCUUUGUUAGAGAACCUCACACAUCUUCAUAUCGCGCAGGCUCAAACGUUCGCUGGGAGCAAGAGGGCUCCUUCAGUUGCCUCUUUACGAGAAUCACUGCCUCGCCUCACUCAUGUUCGUUUCACGGGAAGCCCUCAACCGCGGUUAUUCAAAGACCCACCAAGAGAGGUUCAUGAAGGGUGGAGCAAGCAAAUGAACGACUUGUUGCCGAUUGGAUGGUGGGACAACAUUUUGAGAGCAUUGAACGCUUAUCCAGACCCCCCAAAGCUUGAAAGUCUUGUACCACCAAAUCUCAAACUUAUCAUUCACCCGAACUAUAGCCACAGAUUUACGUCUACAGGAGGAUUUUGUGGAACGUAUCUUGUCGAGUACGAUGAUUUCGUCGAAGGAUUGAGAGAGAUAGAGAAAGAGCAAGACAAUAUCCAUCUUGUUUGGCCAAGUGAAGAGGGCUGGAACUGGUUCUCGAACUUGAAGGAUGCAUCGACUUGGGAGUUGGAUUUGUUAGCACUGUUCCCCGUCAGCAGGGCUCUUGAAGACUUUCGAGAGAGGAUAAGAGGCGGGGAGGGAGAAUGGCGUAUCGUAACUCCGAACUCGGAGAACAGGAGAAGAUGGUGGUAA